UGGUGUUGUGAAGGUCUGGAGAAGUCGGAUCAGAGAUGAAGUUUAUUUGAUUGGGGAACGAUUGCAUAACUUUGGGGAGAGGAAGGCUGGGGCGAGUGGUAGUAGUGGUGUAGGGAUCCCAGUUAGGAGGAUUGAGACGUAGUUCAAUUUCUAGAAAAGCAACAGGAAUUAAUGAAACAAUUGGUCCAAAAGAACGGGCCCACGACAAAUCAUCCACCUAAAACAAUUUCAAGUCCUUCAGGCCGAUUAAUGAAACAAUUGGUCCAAAAGAAUGCCCCCCCGACAAAUCAUCCACCUAAAAUAAUCUCAAGUCCUCCAGGCCGUAUCGGUCCCUCAGUCCCUGCAAAGUUUCAGGGUCGCCCCUGGAAUUCCCGCACGAGCUCCAUGUCCAGCUUUAUGCCCUGGAACCUGGUCUCUGACCAGUGUCUGUCGACCAGUGUUUGUCUCUGAUAAAAAGAAUGCUGGCAAUUCCGAUGGCAAUAACCAUAAUAAGGCUGGUUAUUAUCGACACCACGCACUUGGCCUUGUUCCAGCCAUCUC